CCUCCCUCCUCCUCCUCCUCCCUCUCUCCCUCUCAGCUAGUUCUCUUAAUGCACUACACUCUAUCGCUCAGCAGAGUUCCAACGCCAGGACGUUCCUGUCUGUUCUGUUCCAGUACAAUGGAAGAGGAGGCAGCAAGCUUGAGACAACAGAGACUACAGAACCAGCGCACUCUGCUGGAGAGAAGGCAGCGGCGCAGGAGGCAGGAGACUCGCAUGGUUCAGGCCAAUCCUGACCUGAGAGUGAAGAGCUGGAAGCCCAAGAGGGGGGAGGGGGAGGAGGAGGGUCUGGGGGAGGGUCAGAGGGAGGAGGAAGGGGAGCAGAUUCUAUUGGUUCUGAACACAGACCUCGUCUCCGAGCCUCCAUUGGAGGAGAUCUCUCUCUCUGACCUCACUCUCCGCCUCAACGACCGCUACCAUGGGAACCACAGAGAGUCAAUCACAGGCCAGGAAGAGCAGGAAGAAGGACAGGAAACAGGAAGCAGCGCUGAUGCGGAACUCGAGGAGGCUGAAGAUUCUGUUUCCCAGGAUACCAAACUGCUCACCAAGAAGGCUGCGGGCAAGAAAGAGAAGAAAGUGAAGCAGAGGGCAGAAACCUCUGCAUCUCAGAAAGCAGCAAAGAAAGAAAAAUCCCAGUCCACAUCAAAAACCAGUAAGAAAUCAGACACUUCCCAGAACAGGGACCAGUUAAAAGGUGAGGAGAAAGAACUGAUGAAGGCACUGGAGCCCAAACGCUGGUCUGCUUGACUCAGUUUAGUUUCAGUACCGCUGAUGAAGGCACUAGAGCCCAAACGCUGGUCUGCUUGACUCAGUUUAGUUUCAGUAACGCUGAUGAAGGCACUAGAGCCCAAACGCUGGUCUGCUUGACUCAGUUUAGUUUC